UGGAAAUGGAACCACGAAUCGAUGGAGGAGUAUUCAUCGGAGGAAUCGGAAAUUCGGGAAAUGAAAUGUGUAGUAAUGGAGUACCGGCACUCGGGGUUUCAUCUCAAACUGAGAUUAAAGUGGAAAAAGUGCAACACACGUGGACUGUGAAGAACUUUUCGCAUUGCUAUCAGGAAUAUCUGGAAAAUUUCGUAUAUUUACAACGUGGCGAUGAGCAAUUGACUUGGUCGAUCAAAAUUUAUCCAAAAGGAAAUGGAGAGAAUAAUAAGGAUUUCGUAUUCUUAUGUCUAAAUCGGGUUAUCAAUAACAAUGUAAAGGCUGGAAAAAUUGGUUUCAAGUCGCAGUUCAAGCUAAGAACCGCCGAGAAUAAGGAUAUCGAGAUGCGUAUUCACCCAAAUCCAUCUCAUUCUGAUUAUGUGUCAUAUAUCAAACGAGAUGUUUUAUUUCCUCAAAUAAUGCCACGUGAUAUGAUUAUUGUGAAUGUGGAAAUUGAUGUUGCAGUUGAGACAAUUACUACUACUAAUGAACCAAUUCAAUUUGAACCAACGAAUAGUGAGCAACAAUUGAUUGAGGACUAUCAGAGAUUAUUUUCUCAAGAACUUCUCUGUGAUUUUGCUAUCAAUGUCAACGGAAAAAUUAUUAGAGCUCACAAGGCUGUUCUGGCUGCUCGAUCUCCAGUUUUCAAUGCAAUGCUUACACAUCAAGAUACUGAUGAGGCUAAAUCGUCAAUGAUGUACAUUAACGACAUGGAUUAUGAUGUGAUUUACGAAAUGGUUUAUUAUAUUUAUUGUGGACGAUGUAAUAAGGAUAUUACCGAUAUGGCAACUGCUUUGCUCAUUGCUGCCGAUAAAUAUCGAUUGGAAGAAUUGAAAAGUCAUUGUGAAAAGUAUUUGGUUGAGAAUAUCAAUAUCGAGAAUGCGUGUAGUCUUUUGAUUAUUGGUGAUCUCUAUUCGGCGCCAAAGUUGAGAAAACGAGCUGUUACGUCGCUUUUACAGUACAUCCUGGCACGACCAAAGAAUGUUACUGGAACACCUGGAUGGGAAGAUAUACUCAAAGGUCAUCCAAAUCUCAUAACUGAUAUUUUUAGUCAGAUUGAUCGACAGUCAUCAACGGGCGCAACAUCAUCAGUUUCAAAUCUACCAGGCGUUCCAAUGGAUAUUCCUGGAAUAACUGGAAACAUUGUACCACCUCCAUCUGGACUGUAACCUUUAAUCCAUAUUCACACACCCGCCUCCAUUCACAUCAGGUCUCCUUAUCUCGUUGAAGAAAUUACCCCAGUGAUUCCAUUAAUUGUUGUUUUUUCAUUUCUCGAUGUAUAUUUCACACACAAAACUUCUCCAAUUGAUAAUUGAAAAAAGAAAACCAACGUACUGAACUUCUAUCGUUCCACUACAGUAGUCCGGGUAUCUUGAUUUUGUUGCUCUCUCUUUUCUCUGUCUCUUAUUUCAAUAAUUCAUCAAAACUUCAUUGCUAGAUUUCACAAUCCACAUGUAAUUAACUACCAUCCCCCAUUAGCUCCUGACAUUCUUGUCUGUAUAACGUUGAGCUUUAUCUAUGUCAUCAUAUUUUGUAAAUUUUGCACACAUUCUGUCAUUACUUCUUUCUUCCCCUAAAGCGCUUUGGUGUUUUAUCUUUGUUUUACAUUACAUUUUUUUUUAAACAUCCCCGUAGUUAAAGCUACUCUUUGAAAAAAAGAAAAUGAAUCGCUUAGAGGUG